AAUCUGCGAUAAUGGACUGUAGCGAUUUACCAAUGGAAAGCAGCGGACAGUAUGAAAUGAUCCCAUGUAAUUCCAACGUAAUUCAAGUUUAUUGUGCAGAAGGCGGAUGGUUGGUGAUCCAGAGAAGACUUGAUGGCAGUACAGACUUUAACCGUAAUUGGACAGAUUACAAACAAGGCUUUGGAGAUAUCACUGCAGACUUCUAUAUUGGAAAUGACAAUCUUCACACAAUUCUAUCUAGAAAGAACUACACAUUGCGGAUAGACCUGGAGGACUGGACAAACGAGAAUCGAUAUGCAGAGUACAACACAUUCCAUGUAGGAAAUGAAACAACAAAUUAUGUACUUUCAAUUGGUGAAUACAAUGGAACAGCUGGCGAUUCCAUGAAGGGGGAACGGUAUUCGAAGGAGCUUGAUGGCAUGCAGUUCAGUACGUAUGAUCGCGAUAGCAGCAUCUGUACUAAGCGUCUGAGAUCUGGAUGGUGGCAUAAUGUAUGCACUGACGCAAACCUGAAUGGUCAAUACUACCCAGGAGUAAAUCACACCAACGCAAUUGAUACUAUCUUCUGGUGGACAUGGCAUCCUGAUUUUAUUCCACUGAAGUCCGUUACUAUGAAAAUAAAGUCCCGACUGAGACAGACAUAA